UGGUGAAGUGUUUGCCUAGCAUGCACAAAGCCCUGGGUUUGUACCACAAAAAAAAAGAAAAAAAGUUCUGUUUUUACAAAGCCAAGUUUUCAGGUAUGUCUCUUAAGAGUGUGCUUGUGUACGUGUGUUUGUGUGUGUGUGUAUGUUUGUUUCUUUUUCCUCUUCUUAAGUCUUCUUAUAGUUUCCCUUGAUUCUGACCUUUAUUUGCCCUGCAGCCCAGUUAGGGCACAGACAAGCUGCGUGCUAUGACUCUGAGUCAUCUGCUCCCUCCUACUUUCUCACCCUCUUUCAUUUCCUGGGAUUGUCUUGCUAUAUUAGACUUACCCUCUGUUGUCUCCUGGAAAGGGCAAUGCAAGUCCACUCUGGGCACUGUCUUUAGUCUUGAGUCUGAGGAAGAAGAAUAUCCUGGAAUCAUUGCAGAAGACAGUAAUGACAUUUAUAUUCUGCCCAGUGACAACUCUGGACAAGUCAGUCCCCCAGAGUCUCCAACUGUGACAACUUCUUGGCAGUCAGAGAGCCUGCCUGUCUCACUAUCUGCUAGCCAGAGUUGGCACACGGAAAGUCUACCGGUGUCCCUCGGUCCUGAGUCCUGGCAGCAGAUCGCAAUGGAUCCUGAAGUCAAGAGUUUAGAUAGCAACGGAGCUGGAGAGAGGAGCGAGAACAACUCUUCUAACUCAGACAUUGUGCAUGUGGAGAAAGAAGAGAUCCCUGAGAGUGCAGAGGAGGCGGGUGGGGCUGCUCUCACCUUACCAAUGAGGGACCCACAGGAAGCCUUCUCUGGAGCCCCUGUUCCCUUGCUUCCACAUAUCACUGCCACAUCUUUGCUGGAGAUCAGAGAACCCGACACAGAAAUGAUUGCAGUUGAGAAAGCCAGCCCUGUGCCAUCUGUCUUUGUGGAACUUGAUGAAGAAGAGGUAGCAGCAACAGUGGAAUCUGCUGAUGUGGAGGGGGUGGGGUCUCCUGCCCUGUUAAGUGAGAAGGAGACAGGCAUCAGGAAAGAGAGUCUCAGCCAGGAGGCCACCCCCACCCGGGAGGCCAAAGCUGCCCUGCCCUCAGAGGGCAAGGCUGCACUGCUGUUUGGAGGCGCUGCUGCUGUGGCCAUCCUAGCAGUGGCAUUUGGGGUUGCACUGGCUCUGAGAAAGAAGUAACAGCUUUUACAGAAGAAGAGAAAGAAGACAAAAAGGAUCUAAGGUUUUAGUUGUACUGGCUGGAAUUUGAAUUGCCAGCAGGUGACUGGACAUUGUGGGACACUCUGGAAGAAUUGGAGCUUUUUUACUCAGCAAGACAGUGUGGCUUGAUCCACAGAUAGGGCUUGAAGUAGAGGGCGUUCACAUUGGUCUGCUCAUCCAUUCUGAGGGCCUGGGCUCAUGCUAGAUUCAGAAUAGUAUGAGUAAAUUCCUCCCUGUAGAAUGGGUUUCUCAACCAUGGCACUAUUGACAUUUCAGUAAUUCCUUGUUGUAGGAUUCUGUCCUGUGCAUUGAGGAUGGUCAGCAACAUCCCUGGCUUCUACCUACAAGAUGCCAGUAGCACCCCACUCAGUGAGGACAACCAAAACUGUCUCUGAUAUUGCCAGAUGUCCCCUGUGGGCUAAAUCCUGUUGAGGGCCAUUGCUUUAGAGGGAAAGGGUUCAUCUAAAGAGAAUCUGGGGGCUGGGGCUUGGCACAAGUGGUAGAGGGUUUCCCUAGCAAGCACAAGGCCCCUGAGGUCAGUCUGUAGUACUAGAUAGAUAGAUAGAUAGAUAGAUAGAUAGAUAAAGAGAGAACCUGGAGUAAGAUCCCCAGCCUAGAGGGCUUAGCUGUGGCUCUGGAGCUGUGGACUUGCUAGCCAUUUAUCUUGGUGGAGUUUUUCUCUUUCCUGAUGAACACACUGUGCUCUACAGCUGCUCCUUUCUGGCUCCCCUUACCUGUAUGGGGUGCUCUUUCGCAUCACACCACCUCUCAGGUAUUGCACUGCAGCACUGCAACUCUUCUCCCUUGUGUCUUCCAAUCCCACAGAAGAGGGCUUGCCC